CGCAUGCGCGCAGUUUUGUAAAAAAAUUACAGUGACAGCUAUCAUAACCUCCACUGCGGUCGUGAUUUAUCCUGCUAAACCUACUGUAUUUCUAUAAUUUAUCCUUAGUUAAUUAACUUCUUACUGGAUCGGAUUAAUACUUUUCGAGGGUGUUAAUUGUUCGUCUAUCAAGUGGAUCAUACUAACAUCUCGGUUGAACGUAGGUUUAGCUAUUGUUGAAGAAACAUCUGACGGAGUAUUUGUCAUUAAUACAUUAAUACAUCAUCAAAAUGCGGUUUCGUUUUCUUGGAGAUGUCGACUGCCCGGACUGGCUACUCGCCGAAAUUUACAAUUUGUCGCAAAUGUCUUCUUCAAAGAUGAAAACACUAGGUCAGAUCGUUAUCAAGUCGAUUGUUGAUGAGGAAAUUGAUGAGGAAAAAGUUAACAAAAUUGCUCAGGAUUCCAAGCUUGAAAUUGGAGAGCUGAAGGCAAUCAUCGCUGCCCUAGAGAUGAUCUUCACAUCAUCAGCCAGGAACAGCGUUUCACCGGCUGAUCUUAGCAGCGAGCUCCAGCAGUUGGGUCUACCCAGAGAACACAGUACGGUGAUAUCUAGGCUACAUACAGAAAAUUGUGCACAAAUAUCCACUAUAUUGACUGGACAGUCUUUAAGAUUGAGCCGGCUAUCCUCGAUAGAAAUAGUGCCUAGUGAAAGCACAUCUCCAUUCAGUAAAGUGGCACUGAAAAUAAAAACUGUGGGAGACAAGGAAAAGGAGACAACCAUCAAUAUAGCUCAAGAUAAGCUGAGCGAACUGUUUACCGAAUUAAAAAGUGUGAGAUCAUUGAUGGAGCAAGUGCUUCAGUGAUUGCUGAGUUACUUACUGAAGGCGAUGAAAAUGAAUUUCACAAAAUUAUUAAAUUUGUAAAAAGAUUGUAAAUUUAUAUUGAUGUAGCUUAAGUUCUGUUUUAUACUAAUGGAAAAAAAAACGAGUUUCCAGAAAGUU